GCAAUUGGAGAGUUGAGAGAAAAGCUGCUUGUUGCGUAGAAAUUACUGUAAGCGUCUACUUCCUUCCUGCUUUUUGAAGUACACUAAGCAAACAACGGCCUAGUACUACGCCAAAGCGAAGGGUUGAAGAAGUCAAGGGGUCAUAAGAGCAAGUAUUUUGGACACGCUGUGGGAGAAAAAGUUUAUUUAUACUUGGAACUGGCCUUCCUUUUGCUUGUGAGGGAAUAAGAAGAGUGUGUGCUUUGUGAAAUCCGCUUAAUUGAAUAGAUGUUUAGUGUUCUGAAUCGCGCUGAAUUGCACUCAGUGCUGUAGACAUUCUGAACGGCUUUGAGGGUUGGACAGCCACUGGUUCGAUAUAGCAGGACUCCUAUUAGGACGAGGUGUCUGUUAGUACAAGAAGAUUCAGCAGGGAAUUCCACCUCUCCUCUCACAUACCCCACCAAAUGCUAUGGUGGGGUGUAGACACCAGAGCAGCAACCAGGACUAGGGCUAGAUGGGAGCCCAUACUGACAGUGCCAGCCUGAUACUAUGGCUGCGUAUGCCCUGAGCAGUCUGAUUAUGAUGAAUGGCAACAAUCUGACGAAUGCGAGCAGCCCUCGGACUGGGAGGCCUGUGCUGCAUGUGCCAAACUGCUCCACCUACUACAGCCCUGGUAGCCUGAUUCCUGGCUCCCCUGGGGGCUCCUUCGUCUCCCCCCCCUCUCCAGGCCCCAGCAGCCCCAGGGCCCGCUCCCCCUGCCGCCACCCUGAAACCUUGGGGGAGAUCGUGGGCAACUGUGUCCGCCGGCUCAGCAACAACGGAGAGGAUGAGGCUCCCAACUGGGAGGUUAAGCGCACGGUGCAGCUCCUGCAGAUCCACCAGGAGCUCCUGAAUGUGGAGGUCAACAAAAAGGUGGGUCUGUUUGAGGCCCACAUCUUGAGAGCCCCGUGCAGAACAGUCCCAGCCUCCAAGCCCAGCCAGCCUGCCGAGGUGCCUCCCCCUAACCCCCCACGGAGAGACUGCCCUCCAAGCAUUUUCAAGGAGCUCCAGAACGGGAAAGGUUGUCUCUGCUUGGAGGAGGGAGUAACAGGGAACGGCAGAGUGGAAAAUAACACGGCUGACCCAAAUACGGAACAGGGCAGUCUGCUUGUGAACAAAUCAGCAGGAACUUGGGCCCAAGCUGACAAUUCAGCAGGCAGUUACUCCCCGAGUUCACUGGGGGUUGGCAGCUUCUUGGCAGGCAGCAACAACGAGCACCCUGCGGAGUGGGCCCAGACCUGCCUGACAAAGGCAGGAGCAGAGCCAACGGAAACCCAGCCACAAGCACCCUGGGCCGGCAAGGAGGGGAGCUGCCCAAAAGUGGGGACCACCAUCCCAGCCGUCAUAGUCACCGACCACGGGAUGGAGGCCCAGGGAGAAGGCUGUGAUCCGGGCAGUGAGCCCCAGCAGAGCCCCAGGUCGUCCCGAGGCUUGAGAAAGCUGUCCUCCUCCUCAGCUUCCUCCACAGGCUUCUCCUCCUCCUGGGAGGAAUCAGAGGAGGACAUCUCCAGCGACCCGGAUAGAGCUGAGGGACUGUCACUUGCCUUCCUCAACACCCAGCAGAGAGCUCACAAGUCAUGGAAGAAGAUCAAGAACAUUGUCCACUGGUCUCCAUUCGUCAUGUCUUUCAAGAAGAAGUACCCUUGGAUCCAGCUGGCGGGUCAUGCAGGCAGUUUCAAGGCAGGGGCUAACGGGCGUAUCCUGAAGAAGCACUGUGACUGUGAGCAGCGCUGCUUGGAUUGGCUGAUGAAAGACGUGCUGCGUCCCUACGUACCGGCCUACCACGGAGACGUGGAGAAGGAUGGGGAGAAGUACAACCAGAUGGAUGAUCUGCUCUCUGAGUUCGACCUGCCCUGCGUCAUGGACUGCAAGAUGGGUGUCAGGACGUACCUGGAGGAGGAGUUGACCAAGGCCCGUAAGAAUUCCAGUCUGAGGAAGGACAUGUACCAGAAGAUGGUGGAGGUGGAACCCCUGGCACCCACCCCCGAGGAGCAGGAGCAGCAGGCGGUCACCAAGCCCCGCUACAUGCAGUGGAGAGAGACCAUCAGCUCCACCGCUACCCUGGGCUUCCGCAUCGAGGGCAUCAAGAAGGAAGAUGGGACGGUAAACAGAGACUUUAAAAAGACCAGGAGCAUGGAUCAAGUGACAGAGGCAUUCAACGACUUUGUCAAAGGAAACCAGAACAUCCUGAACUGUUAUCUGCACCGACUGAAGGACAUCAGGGACACUCUGGAAAUAUCAACCUUCUUCAAGACCCACGAGGUGAUUGGCAGCUCACUGCUGUUUGUCCAUGACAAGCGUGAGCAGGCCAAGGUGUGGAUGAUAGACUUUGGGAAGACCACCCCUCUGCCUAAAGGACAGGUCCUGAGUCACAGGGCCACCUGGGAGGAGGGCAACCGCGAGGAUGGCUACCUCUAUGGCCUGGACCACCUCAUAGACAUUCUCACCCACAUGGUGGUGACCCCAAAGCCAGAUUCACUCUAAAAAGGGACUGUCCCCCCCCUCAACUCAAUCCUAACCCCGACAGGACCACCACCUCGCACUACAAUGACGCCUCUGAUGUCCCCAAAAAGCUACCCCUCCCUCCCUUAUUCCCCUUCUCCCCUGGCCCCAAAUAUCAAACUGUAACCAUACAAGUGUUUUGUGUAAACUUGUAGAUUCUGUAGCCUGGCGGGUAGGAGCGUUGGGCGGUUGCUGGAUCGAAUCCCCGAGCUGACCAUGUAAAAAUCUGUUGUUCUGAGCAAGGCAGUUAACCCACUGUUCCCCGGGCGCCGUGGAUGUCGAUUAAGGCAGCCCUCUGCACAUCUCUGAUUCAGAGGGGUUGGGUUAAAUGCAGAAGACACAUUUCAGUAGAAUGCAUUCAGUUGUACAAUUUGUAAUACUAUUUGUAAUAUUCCCUUGCUGAAUUCUCCAAUGUUUAUUAUUCAUUUGUACCUCAUUAUGUAAUAGUGUACUUGAGAUUAUGUGAUGUGCCUAUAUUCAUUCCAGUGCCUUUGGAGGAAAAGUAGAGAAGGUGGCAUAAGUUAAUGCACUCCGAUAUGUAAUUAUAACCUAUUUUAUUAAGGCUAAUGUUGACAUUCCUGUAAUCCAAACCAUUGAGGAGUGACUUUCAGUUCAGAGGUCAAUGUACAUGAAGCAGAGGGAGUGGGCGACUAACAGGAAAUGGCCCUUAACCAAGUGAGAAUGAGUUUGCAUUCUAAAUAUGCCAAGUGCCUCAGCCUUUCAGCAGACAUUAAAAGACCAGGGCCCAGUUUCCCAAAAGCAUCUUAAAGGGAUACUUCGGGAUCUUGGCAGUGAGGCCCUUUGUCUACUUCCCCAGAGUCAGAUCAACUAGUGGAUACCAUUUUCAUGUCUCUGUGUCCAGUAUGAAGGAAGUUAGAGGUAGUUUUGCGAGCCAAUGCUAACUAGCAUUAGCGCAAUGACUCAAAAGUCUAUGGGUAUCUGCUAGCAUGCUAGGACCCUAUGGUUCUAAGAUGAACUUAGUCUUAAGAUGCUUUUGGGAAACCAGGCCUAGGUUUUAUUCUCUUAUUUUAAUGAUUACAUUAGUCAGAGAUGACAUCACCUGUGACUCCGUCAUUAAUGUAUAUCGUCUACCACUGUACACCCAUAAUAGUCACUGCUCUUAGAAUGAACCCACCCCAUCCUGUUUUCCUAGGAUCCUGUUAUUGUGCACAAGACAGAUGGUGAUUGCUGUUUGCAUGGCAAUUUGACAUUCAUAUAUACCAUUCCUGCCUGAUGCCCAAACAUCCUGAGGUGGCAAACAAAACAAAUGGGGUGUUGUCUGUCUACUGUCUAUUUAUUAAGUCUACAGACAGAGAGAUAGGCAUUUAACAGGUCAACAUUGUCAUCAUUGUCUGUUUGGAUUCAAUUAGCAUUGAGUCAUGUUUUUGAUCACUGUCGGAUCACACGAGCAUGACAUUGACCAUAGAAAGAGUAACUUAAUACCCUUUUUUAAAUGUUUACUUCAGGGUUUAAUAGUCAUUCACCUUUAAUAGCCAUAUCACAUACAAUAGUCCUAGUUAUGAGAGUGAGGUGAGGUUGGCCUUGUUUUGAAAUGACUGUUCUCUCACCUAUAUCUAAGGAACUGAGAGGGGUGUGGUGUGUUAGGACUGCAAACAUCAUGUCCUAAAGAAACAGCUCACUUCUCCACGGCCUUUAAUGGGUGGAGCUUGAGGCAGUUGAUUCUAGCAGGACAAACUGGACCAAUAGUUUUGACCAAUACCCAAGGUGUAAAACGUUGUGCUUUACUUGUCCUGUCUUUGAGUGCCGUUGAACUACUUUACCUUUGCAUCAGGGUUAUCAACCUGAAACUUUUAGAAAUAAGUACAGUUUGGUAUGUUAAAGUAUGACUUGAUAUUAAUGGCCUGCACUGUUGGAGCUCGGAGCUUUAGAUGGUCACUGUACCCUGCAUUUACACCCUGCAACCCUGUGCAUGUGACUAAUACACUCUCUGAAUCUAAAUCUAAUGUGAUGUACAGAAUUGUGGUACAUUUGCAUGAGAGUGAGACUAUAGGUCAAUUGCACUGGACCAGAAAGGACAGAAAUAAAGAGAAGAGUGUCCUCUGCUGUUACUGAAUUGUAUUACAUUGAGCAGCAUAAAACAAAUGACAUGGGUGCAUUUUACAGAAACACAUUUGAUUUUAAUAUGUUGCCUUUAUUCUCUUACUUCAAUAUUUCUUCAGUAGCUUCUUUUAAAUCGCUCUGUCGUUGUGCUUGUCGUUUUUGUGAAGUCUCUUAGAAUGAUAUACUCAUGACCAUAUUUAUUUCUUUGUGACAUUUGCACAAGAACACUAAUGCAUGUGUUUUCAUUUUUGUUGAAAGUCAGUCAUUAUAUAAUCAUUUAGUAGGUCACUGUAAUAUAGGCCUGACUCACUGCUUCUUACAAUGUGUAAAUAAUACUGUAUGUUUUAGAGAUGAACAAGAAAUCUGUGUUCUGUGCACUCUACCAGGCGUUCUUUUGUGCCUUGUGACACCUAUGAUCUGUAGACCUGGUUUUGGGCUACGCUGGCCACAGAGUGGUUGACAUGGAGAUUGCCAUAGCAACCUCAUCUGUCAUCCCUGGUCCAGGUUGACAUGAUUGAGUCCUUCCCCUCCCAGCCUUGUGCUGUGACACUGUGGGGACAUUGCGCCUGAGAUCCUCUGCAGGGUUGGGGUUCAUUCCAAUUUCAUUUGGAAUUAUUUCAUUCGCUCAUGAAGUGGAGAGUUACAUUUAAUUCAACUAUCUUCAAGUUAUGUAAUUGUAAUUGAAUUGAAAUGAUAUUGUUUGGACUGUUUGAAUUUAAAUUAAAUUGGCAUUGGACUUCAAUAUUGGUACAUUUCCUAGUAAAUUGAAUUAGUGCACUUAGUAUCAAACAUUGACCGCAGGAUUUGUUUGAAAUAAUUUCAACUUAUAUUUCCAGUGUAGCUAGGCUGUCUGAAAGCCUGAGGAAAUUGAAUUCGAAUUGGAAUGUGGGAAUUGUUGGGGAUAAUAUUGAAUUAUCUCCGAAUUCAAAGACUGACCUGGAAUUUUUAUUGAAUGAAAUGUGAUUUACAGGGAGGUGUGGAACAAACCUCACCCCUGGUCUUCAGGUCAUUGUGCUGUCACCCCAUGGAUCUGCUUAUGUAAAUCAUGCCAUCAUGUCAAUACUGCAAGCAAAAAUAGGCUUGACUGUACAAUUUUUACUGUAGUAAAUUUGAACAAUGGCUUAAACGC